GGUCGCCAGUCCGCGCCCGACGCCCGACGCCCGAGCGCUCCGCACGCCCAGCGCCUCGCGACUCCGAGCCCGCGACCUCACGCACCGACACCACCGAUCGCGCGCGAACCCUAACAUAAAUGUGAACCACCCUAUGCCUUAACACUACGUACGUACCCCGGCUUAACUUCCUUACCAAUAGUGAGCUAAACCGUUAAACCUUUGUGCAAUUGUGAUCCUUUUAUGCAAUCCUGGCCUCAUCAGCGCUGGUGAUUCAAGUCUUGGCGAGCACGUGGCUCCAGGAUCGAUAGCGGAUACUAUCCUCUUCAUUGUCUAUCACACAUCAAGGUCACCACGGCAGAUUGGUGGGGCACGCGUGCGCAUUGUCUGGAGCCGAUGAGGCGGCGGCGCUUGGCGCCAUGAGCUAGCGGGGAUGGGGGGCGAGGGGGCGGGCCGCGGCGCCGCGCGCUGGCACGUGGGCGACUCGCCCCCGCGCGCGCCCAUGGGCUUCGCGGCGCCCGCGCAGGAUGCGCCGCUGGACCGCGGGCUGGCGCCGGCGCCCGCGCCCGCGCCCGCCGGCAAUGCCGUGCUCCAGCGGACACACUCCAGGUCGAUGUCGUCGCUACCACCGGAGCCGUUUAUGAUGCUCCGCGCGAAGGCGCUGAGCAAGCGAGUGAUCAUCAACGUGGGCGGCGUGCGGCACGAGGUGCUCUGGCGCACGCUGGAGCGGCUGCCGCACACCAGGCUCGGCCGGCUCCGGGACUGCAACACUCACGAGGCCAUCACGGAAAUCUGCGACGACUACUCGUUACAAGACAACGAGUAUUUUUUUGAUAGGCACCCGAAGAGUUUCAGUUCAAUACUCAAUUUCUAUCGGACUGGAAAGUUACAUUUAGUGGAUGAAAUGUGUGUGUUGGCGUUUAGCGACGAUCUCGAGUAUUGGGGCGUGGACGAACUGUACCUGGAGUCGUGUUGUCAGCACAAGUACCAUCAGCGCAAGGAGCACGUGCACGAGGAGAUGAGGAAGGAAGCCGAGAGCUUGCGGCAGCGCGAGGAAGAGGAGUUCGGUCAGGGCACGUGUGCUCAGUACCAGAAGUGGCUCUGGGACCUCCUUGAGAAGCCCACCACCAGUAUAGCAGCCAGGGUGAUCGCGGUCAUCUCGAUCCUCUUCAUCGUGCUGUCCACGAUAGGGCUCACUCUCAACACGAUACCCCAGAUGCAAGUGUACGACGACAAGGGCGCGCCCAUGGAUAACCCGCAGCUGGCCAUGGUCGAGGCGGUGUGCAUCACGUGGUUCACACUCGAGUACGUGCUGCGGUUCAGUGCUUCACCGGAUAAAUGGAAGUUCUUCAAGGGUGGACUCAACGUGAUAGACUUACUGGCUAUAUUGCCUUAUUUUGUAUCUCUUUUCCUGCUCGAAACCAAUAAGAACGCCACUGAUCAGUUUCAAGACGUGCGUCGUGUUGUGCAAAUUUUCCGUAUUAUGCGAAUAUUGCGCAUUCUUAAACUUGCCCGACACUCGACCGGGCUACAGUCGCUCGGGUUUACGCUCAGAAACUCCUAUAAGGAGCUUGGAUUGCUCAUGUUGUUCCUUGCGAUGGGAGUACUCAUAUUCUCCUCAUUGGCAUAUUUCGCUGAGAAAGAAGAGCCGGGAACUAAAUUUAUUUCCAUUCCGGAAACGUUUUGGUGGGCCGGCAUCACCAUGACCACAGUCGGAUACGGUGACAUUUACCCCACGACCCCGUUGGGCAAGGUCAUCGGCUCAGUUUGCUGUAUUUGCGGCGUGUUGGUAAUUGCGUUACCCAUCCCUAUUAUCGUCAACAAUUUCGCCGAGUUUUACAAGAACCAGAUGCGGCGCGAAAAGGCGCUCAAACGACGAGAGGCGCUCGAACGUGCCAAGCGCGAGGGCUCCAUCGUAUCCUUCCACCACAUUAACUUGCGAGACGCGUUCGCCAAGAGCAUGGACCUCAUCGACGUCAUCGUGGACACAGGACACAACUUGUCGCAGGCGGACGCCACUAGCCUGGAGGGCGAGGCCCCGGCCACCACGGGCUGCUACAAACAGUACGAACACUCUAUCACCAGUAAGCUGCCUCAGAGUACUGACCCCAGCCAGUUUCAGAGCAGCCCUCAGAAAGAGCGUCGUUACUCGAACGAGGGGCUCGGUUCACCGGAGAAACGCUUGCUCAUAAAUCCUGAACCUACACCAGAAAAGAAGAUGGCUGACAAACAGCUUGACUUGGAUCAGCUGCCUUCUGAGUUUGAAUGUUGUUUUUGCACGUUCAAGGGUUAUAAGGAGUUCAUUGAUGCGGAGCAGCUGAUGCCCAUGUCGACGUCGGACCUGCGACAGCCCGUGUGCGUGGAGCUGGCGUGUCUGCAGCGACACCCCGCGCCCAAGGCGCUGCCCGAAGCCACGCCCAACAGUCUCGACAGCCCAGAUACAUUUGCAUCAUGCCUUACGCACCCUUUUCCUUCAGAGGGCGACAUCGCAUGCGAGAACGACUCUUCAAACUUGUAUGUGAAUCCUCUGGACGGUAGCGGCGGUGGCGGCGCGGGUGGGGGUGGGGGCGGGGUGUCCGCAGAGUAUAAUGGAGUGCGCAGGAGUGCAUCUGGGGAUGGAAGCGUGUUGUGUGCCAAAGGUUCACAGGGCGAAGUGUCGCCGCUCGGCUCGCGCGUCAGCCUGACGGGCGCGGGCGCGGCGCCGGGGGCGGGGGCGGUGGCCCGGCCGCUGGACGCGUCGCGCACGAGUCUGCCGCAGCCGCUGGACGAAGCGCCCGCCGCCGCCGACGACGCCAAGCCCAAACACAGAAAGGCUCGCUUCCAACAGGACUGGACGGAGGAAGAGAGGAAGCCGCCGAGAGGGAUAGCCACGAGGAUCAUUAAUCACCACAUCCUGUUUGGUAAGAAUGGCAACAAGCGCGGCGGCGGCUGGCCGCUAGAGGGCGACUCUCGCUCGCGCUCCAUACUCAAGAACAAGGAGUCGAGGGGCACUGACAGCGAGCUGCUACUCCAGGAGACCACCUCGCUCGGUGCCAACGGCGAUUCUGGCAGCGAGUCGUCGCCGAUUAGAUUGAAAGACUUCAAGGGGCAGAACCACAAGGGCGGCGCCGCGGAGAGAGACAACCUAGUCACGUAGUUAGUGUGUAGAGGGCGCUUCUCGCUUGACUUGCCUCGCCCCACACACGACGCGAACAUUAAUACUUAGAAUGCAAUAACAUAAAAUUAUAUACAAAUAAUUUUAACAUAUCAUUGGGCGAUUGUGACUGCUUGUUGAAUAGAUUUUCAUUUCGUAGAAUUAUAAAUAUUGUAAAAAAUAUUACUUAUUGUAAUAAUCGUUCAUUCCAAUCGAAAAGUUGAAGAAACCUAUUUGUUAAGUUUUUUUACGUGCAAUUAUUAAUUGCUAAUUUUAAUGUAAGCGAUAUAGUUUGUACAGCAUAGUUGAUGAAAAAUGAAGCAAUUAUUAAAAUUAAACAUUUUCUGAAAUUGUUA